AUGAAUAAUUUUAUUCGCGUGAUAGAUGGAUUUUAUAAGCCUGAAAUAUACUAUACGGAUACAGAUAGUUUAUACAUUUCGUCUAGCAAUUGGGAUAAAUUAAGUGAAGCUGGGUUGGUGUCCGAAAAUGAUUAUUGUAAAGGAAAGAAUGAUUACGGUGAUGGUGGAAUUAUAUUUGGUUUAUAUUUGGCGCCAAAAGUUAAAUACAAUAUCAUUCAAACUUCCGACGGUAUUCUAAAAGAAAAGAAAACGUUUAAGGGUUACUCUAAAGAUAAGAUAUCCGUAGAAGAUUAUAUUCGAUUAGCUAGUGGACACGAUUUAACGAAUGAAUCUAAGAAACCUUGGGUAAAAAGUUUCACCAAUGGAGUAGUUAUUCCAAAGGAUAAACAAAAGAAAGUUUUUAGAAGUUAUCUAAAUCUCGUUAAGAGAAAAGCACCAAACAGUGAAGGAAUCAAGUAUCCUUACAACGACGGAAAAGAAUUGAACAUAGAUGAAAACUACGAAUUUGAUGAUCACGAUUAUCUAACUAUUCAAGAAGAGAAUGAAGAGUGUUAA